UACCUGAUAGUUAAAAUGUCUUUGCUUGUAGCUGUUACAUAUAUAGAUUCUAGUGCUGUUCAAGCUCUAAAGGACUUGCAUCAGGAGUACAAAUUACGGGACAUCCAGAUAGCAAUUGCCAACCCCAAUCGUGAUGUUCUUCUGACUCUAUCAAGAUCUGACUUAGUCCAAUUAAUUGGAAAGGAGUGGUGUUUUGUGAGAGUCCAUGAUGCUGUUCAGGUCUGCCUUCAACAUGUGGAGAACUUAAAAGAAACAACACCAAAGAUAGCAGACUUGUCACAACAAAAGAAACCAAGUUUCUUUCAGAGGUUAUGGAAACGACAAUCAGAAGAUGAACCUGGCCCUGAACUAGAGUCUGGUGGCCAGGACCCAAGAAUGUUAGAAGCAACAGAGGGGACAGUUGUUCAAACACCUGAUAUGCAAUCAAGCUUUUUCCAGAGGCUCUGGGAACAGCGAGGUGGGGAGACAAACCCUCAAUCAGAGCCGCUGUUGUCUCGGAAGUCUUGACUAUUGUUCAGUCAUCCAUGUCAUUGCUAUGUCGAGUUCCUUACUAUACCUGUGUCAAUGCCAAUGUUGAGUAGGUUUGACACCAGUGCUUGUAUUCUGUAUUUUUUUUCCUCAUUCAUUUGAAAUUUCAGUUAGAUAACAUUCUUAUAAUCAAUUUAUGUGGUUGUAAUGAAAUUAAUUAUUUGUAA